CGGUAGUAGCGCGGGCUCCAUUACUGCCCAGGAGGAGGUGACGGGACGGGACAGCGAGCGCCGGCGAUGGAGGCGGUGAACCGCGCUCUCGGGGCCUUUCCUACCGCCCUGGCCGGAGGCCUCGGGCUCGGUAUCUGCGCUACCGGAGCUGCCAUCUACAGGGUGGCCACCAGGAAGAAGCCGACUCAUGUGAAGGUGAAUUGCUGGUUCUGCAGCCAGGAUACAACCGUACCUUACGGGAACAGAAACUGCUGGGAUUGUCCAAACUGUGAGCAGUACAAUGGUUUUCAAGAGAAUGGAGACUACAAUAAGCCAAUUCCUGCUCAGUACAUGGAACAUCUGAAUCACAUGGUCACCAGCUGGGCAACACCCUCUCAAGCUUCUAAAAUUCAGCAGUGGCCGAAUGGGCAAAUUCUGUUCUGCAAGAAAUGCAACAGCAACCAGCCCCUGAAGAUCAAGCAGUUGGCAUCUUUUGUGCCUCGGGAUGAGGAUAAGUAUGAAGAAGAAAUUGAGGUAUAUAAACACCAUCUUGAACAGACUUACAAGCUAUGCCGUCCCUGUCAGACAGCAGUGGAGUAUUAUAUCAAACACCAAGACCGACAGAUUCGGGCAAUUCUAUUUGACCAUCAACUUCGUCGUCGAGAAGCAGACAAAACCUUUGUUCAGAGUUCUCAUUAUUCCAGCCUUUCCACUCCGCUCAAAGUAUUACUCCUUCGAUUUGUGGCUUUUUUUAGUUGUGCUGUGUUGGUUGCCAUGGCAGUAUAUGGAUCAGGUGAUUCAUUUAUGGGCCAGAAACCUCCAGCCGAAAUGCAUGUGGUCGAUCCGGUAUCACAUCUAUCCAAUAGCAGCGACGAAGCUAUUUCAGUAUCUGAUCCUGUUGAAAAUGUCACUGGCUGGGAACAGCUGUGGGAUGUGCUGCCAGAGGAAAUGCUGACAAACCUGCAAGCCAUGUGGGAGUAUGGGAAGAACCACCAAAUGGCUGUUGUUACCACUGGUCUGUUCACUUGCCUAUUGGCUGUACUUCUAGCUGGGCGCAUAAGGCUUCGGAGGAUCGAUGCACUGGCUUCUCUACUCUGGCUUGCAGUGAUGGGCUUACAUUUGAUGGAGAAUUACCUGCAGACCGAUGUUCCUGGUUGGCUUGACACUCUAAAAUUCAGCACCACAUCCCUGUGUUGUUUGGUGGGCUUCACUGCAACCAUCGCUACUCGGAAGUCAAUUGGCCAGCGGCGAUACAGGGCACGAAGGUCAGAGUCUGAACAAUGAACAGUGGCAGAAAUGAACUCUUGUGUGAAUGAAUCUGUCCUUAUUUAUCCAGUGGAGCGCUGUUUCCUAUCUCGCUUUUCCAUCAUUUAAUUGUUUUCUAAGGAUGUUAAAGAUGCAGCAUCAUUUUUUGUCGACCUAUGGAUGAGAGCUUUACUUUAUAAUCUUACGAAAAUCAAACCUACACAACAACGUACUCUUUCUUCCAUCUAUGUUAGGUUAGUGGGUUUAAAAAAAAUCCAAUUAACUACUUAUUCAAACUUAACAAAUUAACUGAAAAUGCUUGGAACUUUUAGACCAAGUGACAAGACUUCAAUUUAUUUUUAAGGGGUAAUAGAUCUCCUGUGGCGUUGGUCAACACGUCACAGGGUAAUGUGAAGUUAUGGUGCCUCUUAGUGGCAGGUAGCCUGCAGCUACAGUGUCACUGAAAACCUUCACUUAGGGAGUUCCCAUGAUAGCUGGUUAUGUAUGCAUUACAGUCAUGAAGGUCAGUGUGGAAAGUGUGACUAAACAUCAUGACGAGAGGACAGUAAUGCAUAUACUAUUUAAGGUAAUGAAAUUAAAUAAUAUCUUUCAGGGAUAAUUUUGAACAUUGUUUGGGUUAUUUUUAAAUGAUGCAUCCAUUUCACAACUUAAAUUCAUGGUGCUCAAUGAUAAAUUAAACUAGCACAACAGCCAUUUAAUACAGUUUGCCUUUGCUCUUUUUAUAGUAUAUUGUACUAUUGUGAAAGAAAACUUAGCUCUGUGUGCUCUCUCCCAUUCAGAAACGAGCGAUUAAUGAUGGGCCUCCUUUUUAAAAGACUAAGAACACUACAGACCUCAAUAUUGUUUCAUAUUCAAUAAAGAGCAUCAAUAUUCUUGAUUUAUACUUAAUUCCAGUGAUACUGUUGUGCUUGAUUCUUCAGUUUUGCGAUACUGACUCAUUCAAUCUUUAGCUUACUGCACUUCUAAUCAAGUAUCUUUCUUGAUGGAUGUAAUUCUGACCGAGAAGAGCAAGACAUUGGGAAUGAUUGGAUAACUCUACCAAGUAGCCAGCACAUGCACAAUGGGUUAAAUGCCUGUGCUUUGUGGUGUCCAAUCUUUCGUAUAAUUGAGAAGCUGAAUUAAGACACUUUCUCCCCCAGCCCCUCAAAAAAAAUUGUUGCAAGAUAACAAUGUAAUUGAGACCUAAACAAAAAUUGAGUAUAGAAAGAGAAAGUGAAUCUGUUUGAUUUUCUUAAAGGUGCAAGCAGUCCAUUCUAGGUCCAAAAAAGAUUACUGUUUCUUUAAAACAAACUUUGCAUUCCUGGCUUCAGACUAGUGAACGGGUGAUACGAUGGCUUUGUUUUAACAUGUUUUGGAUCACAAAAUAUCUAGAUGAUUCUAUUUCAAUUUGAUUUGAUUUCAUUCAUUUGCAGUGUAAUCAAAGUUAAGUAUUUUUGAAGAGCAUUGAGCAUUUUCUAGUAAUUUAAGCUGAAGACAGUUUAAUGUUUAUGAAGCAGUGUUAGUAUCCCAUUGGGACCAUCAGUUCACCCAUCACUAGCUCCAAGUUCUUCUGUUUAUAUCUGCUGGUGCUCUUUUCAUAAGAGACAGCAGUUUCCUUAACUGUUUUGAAUGCUGAAUAACAUGCUAAUAUUUCAAAUCCAGCAGUACUGGGAAUGCCUCUGAAUGAUUCGUAAAAGAUAUUUAAUGCACGCAGUAUUCAAUAGACCUAAUUUGUGUUCACACUUAAAUUUAAAAUUAUAUAAAAGCCGCAUAGAAAUCCUUAAAAAUCACCAGGCGACUUGUCUUUAAAUUCUUUUUGUCAGUAGGUCAUUGAGUUUUUGUUUGGAUUUGUGAGGUGUGGGUGUUAUUAAAGAGGCCAGCGUUAUUGCUUAUCCCUCCAAACGUCUUUUUCAGCCACUGAAGUCUGGGCGUCAAAGCUAUAGUAGUGUUGGGGAGAUGAUUCCAGGAUUUUGCCCCAAUGAAGGAAUAAUGAUAUAAUUAAAAUGUUUUGUGACUUUGAGGGGAACUUGAUUAAACUGAUGAGUGAAAUUCAGAGUAAGAUGCGUUAAAAAUAAUGUGCAUAAUCUUUUUAUUUAUAAAGUUAAUUUUUAUGAAGCAUAAAUUAAUAGCCAUCCUUUAUCAUAUUGACCUUAAAUUUCCAUAUUAAAGUUAUUAUUAACUGUAAAAUAUUGGGUUUCUUUGCAACUGUUUUUCAAUUUAAAUUUUGCAUUUAUUUCUUUAUAUUGAAUUAUUGUCCUGUUUAUUUCAAAAGCCUUAGUAUUCAAAAGGGUAUAUUUGUUUUUUCGCCUUGCCUUCUGUUACUUUUUAUGCAUAUUGGUCAUUCUAGAAUGUUGUGAAAUUUGCUUAGAUUCAAGCAGCCUUUCAUUUUCUUUUGCUUCAAACCACCUUCUGUUGCCUUGUGUUUUUACCUUGUGUUUUUCCUACAUUGAAAAAUAUCUUUGUAUUGGUUUAAUUGGGUCCACUAAUGUCUGUUGUCAAGUAGCUCUAGCUGUAAUGUGCAUGGUGAAAGUGAAGCUUCCAGGUUUAUAUGUAGUGGGUUCUUUUUAAUAAAUUGUAUAUCCAAUCAUU